ACGAGACUUAUUUUUACCACAUAACCGGAUAUUGAUUCCUUGUUAUGAGAGGACGGUCCUUAUGGGAUUUGAUACCCAGUCCUAUCAUGUGGAACCGUGUAUAUCUAACUGUAAAAUAGCAAUAGAAAAUAGCACAUUGCUCAGAUCAUUCUAUUCUUCAACGGCCAACACACUUUUAAAAGUCGACACUUUAUAUUCACCAAUCAAGUGUGGUGAAUUUUUCGAUCAUUAACAUCGCACAGUGAGAUACACAUAGUACAAAUUGAACAUUUUUGGGGUGUAUUUUUCCAUUUAAAAAAGCAUCAUUAAUUGUACCGCACAGCUAAAAAAAAUUGUACAGCUAAUAUAAUUGUGAAAAGAUUUAUGUUACUCAUCUAUUUUAUCAUAGUCCUUUUUUGAGGUCGAAAGUAAAAGUUGUCCGAAAGCAUGCUUUAUGUGCGACGUAUUUUUGUUUCACAAACUGUCAAUUUUACACCGUGCACCCCGUCUGCAAAGGUUGAAUCGUUCGCUUGUAAACAAAUCGGUGCGAUAAAACGGAACGCGUGAAACAAAUCAAAACAAUUCUAUGUCUGGAAGGAAGCAAACAUGGACCCUGGUACAUUUGCACAGGAUUUCUUCUGUCGGCUAUGUGCAGCGGAAGGCAUUGUAAUACACCCGCUCUUCUCACCGGGUGACAAUGAUCCCAAGGACGAGCUGGUGCGAAUGAUAGCGGUGCUAACGUCGGUCCAUCUCGCACAGACGGAUGACGCUGGGGCGGUCAUAUGUGACAAAUGUUUGCAAAUGUUGGACCUAUUUUGUAAGUUUCGCGAAGAGUGCCUGAGGCAGGAUGUGCUUAUUCGAACGAGAAGAACACUGCUCGCUGAGCAGGUGGAAAGGCAGCGACAACAGCAGCUGUUGUUACAGCAACAGCAAGGUCCAGCUGUAGUGCAACCGACGGUCGAUGUGAAGCUGGAGGAUGAUGAGGAUGAUGGAGCGCAUGUUGCGCUACCGAUAAUAACGGACGUGCCGGAAGAAAUUAUCUGCACCCCGACACCACAGUUUACCGAUGCAGUAGAAUGCAAGCAGGAAACUGAAGGACCGGAGGAAACGCAACAGAUUCUUGUUACGCUAGAUCCGGUACCGCUUGCUGUAGUUGGAAGUCCACCACUCUUGCACCCAUACGGUGUCGCCCAUGACAGCAUCAUUAAUUCUAGUCUUACCGAUAGCUCUUACUCCCUGUCCGGUUCGACACUGAUCGCACCGACCGAAGCGGUCGGCAUCAUGGUUCCGAGCCAUCCAAUAUCACCGGAAGGAUCGUGUACGAUUGUUGGUAGUUCGACGAUAGGGGAAUCGGGGAAAACCUCUCCAGUACUGCCGCGGCGAAGCAAGGCUAAGAUAAAGCCAAACUUCAAAAAACCACCGCCCGGUUGCGAACAGUGUCGGGAAAGCUUUGCCACGUACUACGAGUACGAUCAGCAUAUGAACCAACAGCAUGCAUGGGACAAAACCAACCGUUGCUCGUUGGCUUGCGAUCCGUGUCAGAUGAGGUUUACCAAGUCGUACAAUUUGAAACGCCACAUGUACGAGGUACACGGGGAAGUGCCGCAAGGACUGACGGUAAUACCGUGUGAGCAUUGCGGGGAACGUUUCCUGCGCGGUAACAUUCUCGAGCGACACAUCGCCAAGGUGCAUCGGAGCAAGAACAAACUGAAAGCCUGUGCCAUUAAAUCGACUUAGAUAUGCCAUGAGUGUUAGCGGAGCUAGGAGAACGCGAGUUAAGAUAUUAAGCUACUGAACUGUGAGAAUCAUACAUGACGCAUCGUCAAAAGAGGAUAUACUACUACAGUAAGACUAAAAUUAGAGAGUGAUACUACGUUUCAUACCAGUAUUAACGUUGAAGGAAAAUCUCAACCAUUUUAUGGUAGGAGCUGUAUCAGAGCGAAACAUUUGCGAAACUCCUUCAAUAAAAUGAUCUCCAUCGCUACAAAUAUUUUAUUUUGUAUAACAAACUU